UAUAUUUAGUAUUGUGUAACCCAAAUCGUAUCCGUAUGCAAAAUGGCGGUAUUAGUACAACGCAAUUUUGAAAUGAAAAUAAAGCCGGAAUAUACAUCUGUUAGUGACUUUUAAUCGACGUUAAUUAUUUAACCAGUUUCAGAUCUGGAUCAAAAUGUCAACUACCGGUACUGAACGACAUUGUAGGCUUUGUCUCAUGCUUAAUCAAGGAGGGCCACAAGCAUGUCAUCAUCUGCUUUUAAAGCGUGUCAAAGAACUUAGUCCAAAAGAUCAUGAUCCAUAUCCAUGGACUAUUCAGCAAUUUUUGGACACAAAAAAGCAAACAAUAAUAAAAUCAAAGCUGUCUAAGGACAAGUUCAAAAUCUUGUUUCCAAACGACGGUGACACCGUACUUACAAAUUGGGAUUUAGCACUUUAUUGCACAGUUUUAACAUUAUACUGUGAUCUUAAGCCUAUUAUUCGGUUAGAUGUUGAGCAACUACGAAAUCUACGGAAUGAGCUUUGCCACAUGAACGAACCAAACAUAUCUGUUUCUGAUUAUAAAGACAAACUUGAAAUGAUUCAAGUCAUAAUUUGUCGACUGGUGAAAAAAAUAGAUGAGCAUAAUGUGAAGAUCGAGAUAGAAAAUGUCAUCAAAAGUCUAGAAAGUGCAACUCUUUCACUUGAUGAAACGCUUAAAGAAAUGCAUGCUUUCUAUAUGAUGGAAAUGGAUAUUCGUGAAAAACUUGACCAUGUUGAGGAAAGAAUUUUACAAAGGCUUGAACAAUUUGAUGAUAAGUGGGAAUUUAUCAGUAAGGUACUUGGCGAAAAAGAGGAUUCAAGAAUCAAUACAGCUACGAACAAUGGUCUAGUUCCUGGCGUUAACAUUUUUCUUGAUCUUAAAAAUGUCAAUGAUGAAGAAGAAGAAAAUAUGUCAGAUGUUUUACAACAGCUGUUUGAUGAGGUCAUACAUGAGGACAAGGAUUUCAAAUCUAGCAUACCUGCAGAUUCAUAUGUAAGACUGAGGGGGGCAAUCGAGAAAACAUUUAAAAGAUUUCUUUCGAAAGGCUGGAGAAUUACACGCGUUAAACACGAAUGCAUACAACUACAUAUUGAGUGUACCAAUUUUACAGCGCUAGCUGCUUUGUUUAGAGAACAAACACAGGGACUCAUAGACCAGCAACUGACAGAAUUAAACGAGGCAUUAACCGAGUGCGUGUCUGAGAAAAUGCUGCUCUUAGAAACUACCAUUUAUACAGACGAAUUAUGGAAUGUAAUAGAUAAAGCAAUCUCAUGUGUCGAAGGUGUUUUAAAAGAACACAAUAUCGACAUGGCGACCCAAAGUGACAACGCACAACUUCUCGGUGAUGAUAUCAGAAAGCAUUCAUUAUCAUUAUCAGCUGAAAAAGUUGGGUCGGAUGGUAGCGGGUCAUUCGAGGGAGACUGUAACUAUAAGCUAGAAACUUUUCUACAGUUACUGAAAGCAGAACUGAAAUCAGAAUUCCACACUCCGAAUCUAUUAAUCCAAGCAAAUUGCUCGACAAACGUGAAUCACGAAUCUAACGAUUCAAGCAUCGGCAACAAAGUUGAAUUACCGGAAGAAAAUACGCAAACAAUAAGAAGUGAUCAUCAGAGUCCGAAAUUCGAUAAAAAAAGAAAAGGAACAUAUUAAAUCUUUUCAAGACGAAGAAGUCGAAUAUGUCGAGAGAGUCUUUAAAGAGUUAUCAUUGAAAGAUAUAGAGCAACAGCAGAUGGGGACACUUGUUAAACAAGAAGAACACAGCAGUGGGGAAAAGAUAGAAAUUGCAGGUCAAGUAAGAAAGGAUAUUUCAACGGCAAUAUCCUCGGCGAGUACAGCAACUGAUUUGAAGGAAGUGGAAACAGAAGGUGCCUUACACAAGAAUACGUUACAUGCAAUCUUGAAUUCGUUAAAUGCUAUAUCAGUUUACCUUGAACUGGCCAGUCUUACGUUGAUUGAAAGGGAUCCCUCAUUAUUGGACAACAUAUAUAUGGUAAUAUCAGAAGUACGAAUCCUUGUUGGUGCCAUUUUUUGGACAAUUGUAGACUAUGCAUAUUACAUGGAAGACAGUUUGCAUCAUUUGGCGUUACACAGAUUAGUAAGGGCACGUUUUAUCUUAUUGUUGUCUUCUACUUUACAUAAUAAUCACUUCGUAAUUUAAAUAAAGCACAGAAUAGUCUAAUGUUAGUUUUAUGUACGAAAUUGUGUUUUUCAUUUGCAAGAGAAUACAUACUAGGUAUAAUAAUAUUUUUGUUAAACUGGAUAGAUAUUCUUUUUAGCAUUGACAAGGUCAGUGAAAGAAAUUCGAUUGUGCAAGUUGUAAUACCCAAAACAAACACUGUUGUAAUUUGUGCUUGUAUGACACACAUGACAAAUAACAUGUGAAUAUUUAUUCAAUUUAAAAACGUUACUCACGGCUAUCUCAAAUUCCUGUCCACAAAUAAUAUCUUCGAAACAUUUAAGUUCAGUUUGGAUGUGCAAUGAUGAGCCAUUAUCAGCAAAUACACACUGAUGACAAUAUUAUGGCAAAUUGCUGAUUUGAUUGCGUUAUAAAACGGAAUGCGAUGAAUAGCAACAUCAUAUGUUUUUACCUUUUAAUUAAAUAAAAGAGUUUUACAAGUUUCAUGGCCUAUUCAAAUUUUAAUCAUAUGUAAAUUCAAUCAAUUUGAUAAUCAGUAUAUUGACUUUUCUACACAUAAAAUAGAUAAUCACAAACACUUUCAAAAGAUUAUCUGAUGCAGAAUAUCAAAUCGUCAUAAUCAGUUUUGAUGUCAAUCAUUCCAUAAUAGCCUGGCACGGAACAGUGUUGUGAAUAAUUUAAAAGCCUGGUAGGUUUUGUCUAUCCAAUCUCAAGGUCAAAGGAAGAUAAACACUAAAGUUAAAAAAUGUGUCACUGCUAUAAAUCAGUAUUUAUAUUUUUUCGACAGAGAAAAGGGUUAAACUUGCCUUAACAAUCUAACAUAAGAUACGAAGAUUUUUUAAAAAAGUAUCUAGUUUAGAAUUAUUGAAACUGAUUGGUUGUAACCGUAGCAUAGUUCAUUAACAAUAAUAUCAAAAGACAAGUAGCAACUUCUAGUUUUGUGCUCCAACAUUUAAAUAUACAAGGACAAAGUUUAAAAUAAGACCUAUCCGCGACAAGCGCAUUCCAAAUUUUUAAAUGCUGGAUAGUCGAAAAAAACAUUCAUCACAGAAAAGGGCAUCAAUCU